AUGCUGCUGCUAUACUGCGGAGGCGGAAGUCAUAGAAAGUACGAAGUAGUACUCAGUAGAUCACAGCAUAUACACGCUAUUCCUGAUGUGGAAUGGCACAAGGCAAGCUUAUCCACCACACUAACCCCGCGAGACGACGACAAGAUGGUCCUCGCAAAGAAGCACGUCCCCAUCGUCAAGAAGCGCACCAAGCGUUUCUGGCGCCACCAGUCCGACCGCUUCAAGUGCGUGCCGGAGUCAUGGCGCAAGCCCAAGGGUAUCGACAACCGCGUCCGUAGACGCUUCCGUGGCAACAUCCCCAUGCCCUCCAUCGGCUACGGAUCCAACAAGAAGACCAAGCACAUGAUGCCCUCCGGCCACAAGGCUUUCCUCGUCCACAACCCCAAGGACGUUGAGCUCCUGUUGAUGCACAACCGCACCUACGCCGCUGAGAUCGCCAGCGCCGUCUCCUCCCGCAAGCGCGUCGACAUCAUCGCCAAGGCCAAGGCUCUCGGCGUCAAGGUCACCAACCCCAAGGGCCGCGUCACCACCGAGGCUUAA